AUGGAGCAAUUAUCAGAUGAAGAACUUGAUCAUGGUGCAGAAGAAGAUAGUGAUAAGGAAGACCAAGAUCUGGACAAGAUGUUUGGACAAUGGCUUGGGGAGCUGGACAAACUCACACAGAGUUUGGAUACAGACAAGCCCAUGGAGCCAGUAAAGAAAUCCCCUCUUCGCCAAGAAACCAACAUUGCCAAUUUCUCCUAUCGCUUCUCCAUGUACAAUUUGAAUGAAGCCCUGAAUCAGGGGGAGACUGUGGAUCUGGAUGCCCUCAUGGCUGAUCUUUGUUCCAUAGAGCAGGAGCUCAGCAGCAUUGGGUCACAAUCAGCAAAUAGUGCUGCAAUGAAGCGUCUAGCCACAGAAACAAAAGUAGCUCAGAAACCACCUGCUGGUCGACUUUCCUCUAAACACAGCAGUAUAAAAGGAUCGUCCUCUUCAUCUGGUAGGGUAACUAAGCCUUCAAAUGCCAACUUUUCCUUGGAGGACAUUACUGCCCAGUUAGAGAAGGCUUCUUUGAGCAUGGAUGAAGCAGCCCAGCAAUCUGUAAUGGAAGAUGCUAAACCUGUAGUUACUGCUCAGCAUAGAAGGACAGCAUCAGCUGGCACAGUGAGUGAUGCUGAAGUGCGCUCUAUCAGUAACUCAUCCCGUUCCAGCAUAACCUCUGCAGCAUCCAGCAUGGACUCCUUGGAUAUUGAUAAAAUGACAAGACCUCAGGAACUGGAUUUGACACAGCAAGGGCAACCCAUUACUGAGCAUAAUGUUUCUGUGGGACAUCCCAUCAAGCAGUCCAAGCGUCACAUUGACUUCACAGAAGAGGAGGCUGAGCUGACUCCUCACUCCUAUCUGGACAGGGAAACAUCCCUUCUUCUGAGAAACAUUGCAGGAAAGCCUUCUCAUUUGCUGACCAAGGAAGAGCAGGCUGCUAAACUGAAAGCUGAGAAGAUCAGGGUUGCUUUGGAAAAGAUUAAAGAGGCACAAGUGAAAAAGCUGGUAAUCAGAGUUCACAUGUCUGAUGAUAGCUCCAAAACUAUGAUGGUGGAUGAGAGACAGACAGUAAGACAAGUACUGGACAAUCUCAUGGACAAAUCCCACUGUGGCUACAGUUUAGACUGGUCACUGGUAGAAACCAUAUCUGAAUUACAAAUGGAAAGAAUCUUCGAGGACCAUGAAAAUUUAGUUGAAAAUCUUCUAAACUGGACCAGAGACAGUCAAAACAAACUUAUAUUUGUGGAACGUAUAGAAAAAUAUGCACUUUUCAAAAAUCCCCAGAACUAUCUGCUGGGGAAAAAAGAAACCUCUGAGAUGGCAGACAGAAAUAAAGAAGUGCUGCUGGAGGAAUGUUUUUGUGGAAGUUCUGUAACAGUGCCAGAAAUAGAGGGAGUCCUGUGGCUGAAAGAUGAUGGCAAGAAGUCUUGGAAGAAGCGUUAUUUUCUUUUGCGAGCUUCUGGAAUCUACUAUGUCCCUAAAGGAAAAGCAAAGGUCUCGCGAGAUCUGGUGUGCUUUCUUCAGCUAGAUCAUGUCAAUGUUUACUACGGACAGGACUAUCGGAACAAGUACAAAGCACCUACAGAUUACUGUUUAGUGCUGAAGCACCCUCAGAUUCAGAAGAAGUCUCAGUAUAUCAAAUAUCUCUGCUGUGAUGAUGUGAGAACUCUACACCAGUGGAUAAAUGGCAUCCGUAUUGCUAAGUAUGGGAAGCAACUGUAUGUGAACUACCAGGAAGCACUGAAGAGGACAGAGUCAGCAUAUGACUGGACUUCCUUGUCAAGCUCCAGUAUCAAGUCAGGAUCCAGCUCUUCCAGUUUACCAGAGUCUCAGUCAAAUCACUCUAAUCAAUCUGACAGUGGAGUUUCUGACACCCAACCAACUGGCCAUGUCCGUUCCCAAAGUAUUGUCAGCUCUAUCUUCUCUGAGGCCUGGAAGCGAGGCACUCAGCUGGAAGAGUCCAGCAAGGCCAAAAUGGAGUCUGUGAGCCGACCCUUCACUUCACUUGCACCUGCCAUGUCCCCACAAAUUAAAGUGGCUACCCCAUACACAGCUUCUCAGCCAUCGCCUCCCCUUCCACCACCCCCACCGCCACCACCCCCACCUCCUCCACCCCCUCCUCCGCCACCACCACCACCUCUUCCCAGCCAGUCUACGCCUUCGACCGGCUCAGCAGCCCCCCUGUUUGUCAAGUACAGCACGAUCACGAGGCUGCAGAAUGCCUCCCAGCAUGCUGGGCCUCUCUUUAAACCUCCCCCCAUCACCCAGCAAAUGCCACCACCCCCAGCGCUGGGAAAGCUGCCCAUGCUGGUGGCUCCCCCUCCUCCCCCACCUCCUCCUCCACCUACCCCCGGAUCAGCUAUGGCACAGCUGAAACCAGCCCCCUGCACUCCGUCAGUGCCACCGUUCACCCCACCACCACCCCCUCUCAAAAUCCAUCAGGUUCCACAGAACGUUACUCCAGUGGCUGUGUCAUCACCACCCCCUCUCCCUCCUCCUGUGCCUGCAGCACCUCCCCCCCCAGCCCCUCCUAAACCCCUUCUACCUGUCCCCACGCAGGCAAGUGCAAAGGCAGCAUCGCCCAUCGUGACCCACAUCCCGCCACCCGGGCCCGUUCCCCCUCCUGCAAUAAAAAAGCAGCCAAAUUUCACAGCUUCCCAAGUUCCUCCACCAGCACCUGUUCCUCCAGGGCCUACUCCCCCACCCACCUUACCAAAACAGCAGAGUUUCUCUGUUAAACCUCCCCCAUCCCCUCAGUCUCCUGUGCCAUCUGUUGUGAAGCAGAUAGCCAGUCAGUUUCCACCUCCCCCGACCCCUCCAGCCACAGAGCCUCAGCCUUUAAAGCCUGUCCCAGUAAGUGGGGCGCCACAGUCUCCCCCAGCAGUGAAAGCAAAGCCCAAGUGGCAGCCCACCUCUGCUCCAUCUCCUGAUUUUCCUCCUCCUCCACCUGAGAGCAGCUUAGUGUUUCCUCCGCCACCUUCCCCAGCUCCCUCUGCAGCUUCUCCUACCCUGGACAAGGCGGGAUCUCCAGUCAAAAAGGCCAGCAAGACCUCAAGUCCUGGAGGGAAGAAACCACCUCCAACACCUCAACGAAACUCUAGCAUCAAAUCCAGCAGCUCUGCUGAGUAUCAUGAAUCUAAGAGACCUUCGGUGGACAGCCUUGUCAGCAAAUUUGCACAUCCACCAGAGCCUUCAGGAUCUCCUUCCAAGGAGCCUCCACCUCCUCCUGCAGCUCCUCCAAAGCCAGGAAAGCUAAAUCUUUCUGGGGUGAAUCUGCCUAUAGUUCUUCAGCAAGGAGGUAUUUCAGCAAAGGUACCUGCAGUAGGAGUGUCUGGGAAGGAUCCCAUGGUAGAAUUUCCUUCUCCUCCAUCCGAUUCAGACUUUCCACCACCUCCACCAGAAAUAGAUCUGCCUUUACCACCAGUAGAGAUCCCAUCCGUGUUUUCAGGUAGCACCUCUCCAAAAGUUGCUGUUGUUAAUCCCCAGCCUCAGCCCUGGUCUAAAUCAUCAGUGAAAAAAGCCCCUCCGCCCACACGUCCCAAGCGGAAUGACAGCACCCGGCUUACGCAGUCAGAAAUCAUGGAAUCACAGGGGCCGGUCAGUCCACAAGUGCCCACCUCGCCCAAGUCCAGCCUUAGUGUUCAGCCUGGCUUCCUGGCAGACCUAAACAGGACUCUGCAGCGGAAGUCCAUCACUCGGCAUGGCUCUCUCUCUUCUUCCCGUGUGUCCAGAACAGAGCCGACUGCCACGAUGGAUGACAUGGCCUUGCCUCCACCCCCACCGGAACUGCUUGCGGACCAGCAAAAGACUGGCAGCUAUGGAGGCAGUCAUAUAUCAGGCUAUGCAACGUUGCGGAGGGGGCCACCGCCUGCUCCCCCCAAAAGGGAUCAGAACACCAAGCUGUCUAGGGACUGGUAA